CGUCCCUCCCCCUCCGGUGCCUCCCCCCGCUCCCAUUGGCCCCGCGGCGGCGAUGGCGGCCAUCCGCAGCGUGCAGGGCUCGGUGGCGCUGGUGACCGGCGGCGGCUCCGGGCUGGGCCGGGCCACGGUGGAGCGGCUGCUGGAGCGCGGGGCGCGGGUGCUGCUGCUGGACCUGCCCGCGUCCGGCGGCGCCGAGCUGGCCCGGGAGCUGGGCGAGCGCUGCGCCUUCGCCGCCGCCGACGUGACCUCACCUGAGGAGGUGGGCGCGGCGCUGGGCGUGGCCCAGAAGAAGUUUGGCCGCCUGGACCUGGCGGUGAACUGCGCCGGCAUCGGCAUCGCUGUCAAGACCUACAACAGCAAGAAGGACAAAGUGCACGACCUGGAGGACUUCCAGAGGGUCAUCAACGUGAACCUGGUGGGCACCUUCAACGUGAUCCGCCUGAGCGCGCAGCUCAUGAGCCACAACCAGCCCGACGCCGACGGCCACCGCGGCCUCGUGGUCAACACCGCCAGCGUGGCCGCCUUCGAGGGACAGGUGGGCCAAGCCGCCUACUCGGCCUCCAAGGGCGGCAUCGUGGGCAUGACCCUGCCCAUCGCCCGCGACCUGGCCCCGCUGGGCAUCCGUGUGGUCACCAUCGCGCCAGGGCUGUUCAGCACGCCGCUGCUGGCCGGGCUGCCCGAGAAGGUGCGCAGGUUCCUGGGCCAGCAGGCGCCGUUCCCGGCGCGCCUCGGCGACCCCGCGGAGUUCGCGCACCUGGUGCAGGCGCUGGCCGAGAACCCCAUGGUCAACGGCGAGGUGGUGAGGCUGGACGGGGCGCUGAGGAUGCAGCCCUGAGCCUCGGCCACCCCCCUGAACCCCCGAUUUGGGGGAGCCCCGAAAUCUCGGGGAGAAAAUUUGGGGAGCUGCGGAAUUUGGGGGAGCAUCGGAAUUUUUGGGGGUGGGGAGGAGAGGACGGAGAGGAUGGCAGGGGAUGGUCCAGGAUGCCCCAGAGGAGAAAAUUUGGGGGAGCCCCGAAAUUUGGGGGAGAAUUUGGGGAGCACCAGAAUUUUGGGAGUCCUGAAAUUUUGGGGAGCACCGAAAUUUGGAGGAGAAAAUUCGGGGGAGCCGCGGAAAUUUGGUGGUGGGCGAGAGAGGACAGAGAGGAUGGCAGGGGAUGCUCCAGAAUGCCCCAGAGGAGAAAAUUUGGGGGAGCCCCGAAAUUUGGUGGGAGAAAAUUUGGGGGAGCACCGGAAUUUGGGGGAGCCCCAGGAUUUGGGGGAGCCGCGGAAUCAGGGGGAGAAAAGUUUUGGGGAACACAGGAAUUUGGAGGAGAAAAUUUGGGGAGCACCAGAAUUUCGGGGAGAAAAUUUGGGGAGCGCCGGAAUUUGGGGGAGCAGUGGAAUUUGGGGGAGAAAAUUUGGGGAGCAGCGGAAUUAGGGAGUCCCGAAAUUUUGGGGAGCACCGAAAUUUGGAGGAGAAAAUUCGGGGGAGCCGCGGAAUUUUGGUGGUGGGCGAGAGAGGAUGGAGAGGAUCGCAGGGGAUGGUCCAGAAUGCCCCAGAGGAGAAAAUUUGGGGGAGCCCCGAAAUUUGGGGGAGAAAAUUUGGGGAGCACCAGAAUUUGGGGGAGCCCCAGGAUUGGGGGAGCACGGAAAUUUGGGGGAGAAAAUUUUGGGGAGCAGCAAAAUUUGGAGGAGAAAAUUUGGGGGAGACGUGGAAUUUCGGGGAGAGAAUUUGGGGGAGCACCGGAAUUUGGGGCAGAAAAUUUGGGGAGCCCCGAAAUUUGGAGGAGAAAAUUUGGGGAGCCCCGAAAUUUGGAGGAGAAAAUUUGGGGGAGCCCCGAAAUCUCGGGGAGAAAAUUUGGGGAGCUGCGGAAUUUGGGGGAGCAUCGGAAUUUUUGGGGGUGGGGAGGAGAGGACGGAGAGGAUGGCAGGGGAUGGUCCAGGAUGCCCCAGAGGAGAAAAUUUGGGGGAACCCCGAAAUUUGGGGGAUAAAAUUUGGGGAGCAGCGGAAUUAGGGAGUCCCGAAAUUUUGGGGAGCACCGAAAUUUGGAGGAGAAAAUUCGGGGGAGCCGCGGAAUUUGGUGGUGGGGGAGGAGAGGACGGAGAGGAUCGCAGGGGAUGCUCCAGAAUGCCCCAGAGGAGAAAAUUUGGGGGAGCCCUGAAAUUUGGGGGAGAAAAUUUGGGGAGCACCAGAAUUUGGGGGAGCCCCAGGAUUUGGGGGAGCCGCGGAAUCUGGGGGAGAAAAUUUUGGGGAACACAGGAAUUUGGAGGAGAAAAUUUGGGGAGCACCAGAAUUUCGGGGAGAAAAUUUGGGGAGCGCCGGAAUUUGGGGGAGCAGUGGAAUUUGGGGGAGAAAAUUUGGGGGAGCAGUGGAAUUAGGGAGUCCCGAAAUUUUGGGGAGCACCGAAAUUUGGAGGAGAAAAUUCGGGGGAGCUGCAGAAUUUUGGUGGUGGGGAGGAGAGGACGGAGAGGAUCGCAGGGGAUGCUCCAGAAUGCCCCAGAGGAGAAAAUUUGGGGGAGCCCCGAAAUUUGGGGGAGAAAAUUUGGGGAGCACCGGAAUUUGGGGGAGCCCCAGGAUUGGGGGAGCACGGAAAUUUGGGGGAGAAAAAUUUUGGGGAGCACCAAAAUUUGGAGGAGAAAAUUUGGGGGAGACGUGGAAUUUCGGGGAGAGAAUUUGGGGGAGCACCGGAAUUUGGGGCAGAAAAUUUGGGGAGCCCCGAAAUUUGGGGGAGAAAAUUUGGGGGAGCACAGGAAUUUGGGGGAGAAAAUUUGGGGGAUCCCUGGAAUGAGUUGGCGCACCUGGUGCAGGCGCUGGCCGAGAACCCCAUGGUCAACGGCGAGGUGGUGAGGCUGGACGGGGCGCUGAGGAUGCAGCCCUGAGCCUCGGCCACCCCCCUGAACCCCCGAAUUUGGGGGAGCCCCGAAAUCUCGGGGAGAAAAUUUGGGGAGCUGCGGAAUUUGGGGGAGCAUCGGAAUUUUUGGGGGUGGGGAGGAGAGGACGGAGAGGAUGGCAGGGGAUGCUCCAGGAUGCCCCAGAGGAGAAAAUUUGGGGGAGCCCCGAAAUUUGGGGGAGAAAAUUUGGGGAGCAGCGGAAUUUGGGGGAGCCCCAGGAUUGGGGGAGCACGGAAAUUUGGGGGAGAAAAUUUUGGGGAGCACCAAAA